AUGUUCAACAACUUUGCAAGCCGCGCCGGCAGCUAUGAGGACUCGUCGUCGUUCCGCUCGUCUCGGGGCGCCUUCAGCGCAGAUUUCAGAUUCCCCAUGGACAGCUUUGGAGCGGGUAGGCGCAACGAGGACGUGCCUGGAUCCCCCCUAUCCUCGACCCCGAACGCAGGCAACCCAGAAGUGGCUGGCUAUUAUCAGGAAGAGUACAUUCCGCAGAAACACAGCUAUUCAGAGCAGCCAGAGGGCAGCAAGAACGGCCCGUCGAGGUUUCGACACGGCACUUCAAGGGGGGCGAGUCACACUAUGCGUGAAAACGGGCCCUUUGGCGGCGGCCACGAUGAAGAAUCGUCGUCGUCGUCGAGCAACCCGUACUACAAACCGAGCUAUUUCGCAAGCAUUCAGGAACUCUUCAACCGCAGCAAGCAGUCUCGAGCAAGCGGCGAGCAGCCGCCGCCCGACAAACAGACGCCCGACCACGGCCGAGUCCCUGAGCCGAUCGUCGAGGAGCCGGACUCGCCGCCCGCAUCGCCCGUGCAGCAGCUGAGGCUGCUUGGUAAGAGCGACCUCGAUGGCUGA